AUGCUCCUCGCGCUCCCCGCGUCCCCCACGCAGCUCGAUGAAGAGACCGCAUCCCUCAUCGCCCAGCUUGCGCUCGCGGACCUCGAUGAGAUGGCUGGAGAUUUUGCCGAUCAGCAACUUGCCUUCGAGCUGCAGGCCGAGGCGUUGGAGACAAUGCUGCGGAACUUCGGCAUCGACCCCGUCAGAGCGGCGCGGCAGGCGAGGCAGCAGCUUACACAGCGUCGGGAGGUAGAACGGAGUGUUCCCGCAACAACGAGUGCACAAUCCCCGGCGGCAGAGGCGACUCCUGCGGGACCCCGUGCUUCAUCUCCGCCGCGCUCCGAAGCCACUACAAGUCAUGCAUCAACCUCUAGCGCGUCCGCAGAGCAUCGCACGUCUACUUCCUCACCUCUUCAAAGUGAAUUACCGUACUCCCCUCCUCGUCCAAGCGAAGGCCCCACGAUGUCCAAUGUGAUAUCUGCCGAGAGAUACGACCAAGUCGUACCUGUAUAUCGUUACAGGCUUAGUGUGACCGAUCCUCUCCGCCUCGAGGCCCUCGAGGAAGCAGAUUCGACCGAUGUCAUCAGCGAGCUCGAUCGUCAGGAAAAUUAUGGAGACGAUGAGGCGCAGGAGGACGAAGAACAUUCGACGCCGAUGGAAUAUGCAGUGCAGUUUCCAUCUCCUGACGACGAAUCGGAGGACUCCCUCAUCGCGCCGUAUAGGUCCCCUGAGCAUCGGUUGUGGUGGGAGCCGCCCAACGAAGACUCUGAAGAAGAGUCGUUUGAAGCUGCCCCUUCAGAAUAUGCGGAUGGGGAAGGACAGUCUGGCGACGAAGGCGAGCUCUCUGACAGUCCGUUGACUCCGCCAGUCCAGGAGGCGGAUUGGCAUCCACUUUUGCACGCGUGCGAGCCUCCCCGCGGCGCGCUAUAUACGUGUGAAGGCUGCUACGACCACACCUGGUCGACCGAGAGCGUCGAUGCGCUCUGUGGCCACCACUUCUGCCCCGAGUGUGUAGAAAGACUCGUCCGGUCCACGCUCACGGACGAAACGCUCUUCCCUCUGCGCUGUUGCGGGCAGCCGCUGUGCGAUGCAGCGGUGGACGCGGUGAUUCCAAACACCCUUCGCGCGCAGUACCAAAUCAAACGCGCCGAGUACGUCGUCGCCCCCGCCGACCGCGUAUACUGCGUGAAUCCCCGGUGCUCUGCGUUCCUCGGCUCGGGCUUGAGGUCGCACAAUCGAGCAGGACCCACCGUCCUAUCCUGUACGGCGUGUCAUACGACGACCUGCGCGCAAUGCAGGCAACCAGGCCAUGCGGGACGCGACUGUGUUCAGGAGUCCACCGCCCAGUUCGACGCGCUCGUGAAGGAGAAGCAGUGGCAGCGCUGCCCAUCGUGUGGUGCCACUGUUGAUCGCACGGCCGGGUGCCCGCAUAUGAUCAUGUUUGCGCUCGACCAACAGGGGAAGCGGCGGUUUGAUGGUGGCUCGUCCAGUGGGGUUUAG